AUGGCAGACCCCCGCCAGGCCUCCGUCAUCCGCGAGAAGAAAGCAGAAGUCGAGGCAGCUGGACGUCCUCUCCACCUGUCCCACGGCGACGAUCUUAACAUGACGGAAUCGAAACGGCAGACUGUCCUCGAUGCGAAGAAGGCCUCCGAUGAGGAGCAGAAGAUGACACUUCUCCAGGGUGUCAGACUUUAUCCCAAGGCGAUUGCGUGGAGUGUUUUGAUCUCUACCUGUAUUGCGAUGGAGGGGUAUCAGCUCGCUUUGGUCAAUAACUUUUAUGGCUUUGCGCCGUUUAAUGAGAAGUAUGGCGAGCCGACGGGGGAUCCGGAGACGCCUUAUCAGGUGUCGGCGCCGUGGCAAGCUGGGCUUUCGAAUGGUGCUCUUGUGGGCCAGUUCAUUGGUCUCUUUAUCAAUGGAUGGGCAUCUGAACGAUUUGGAUACCGCAAGACCGUGAUGACGUGUCUUGCACUCAUCAUUGCGUUCAUUACAAUCUUCUUCACUGCGCCAAACAUUGAGACACUCCUGAUUGGCGAGAUCUUGUGCGGCAUGCCAUGGGGAGUGUUCCAGACCAUCACCAUCACCUACGCUUCGGAAGUAUGCCCGAUCGCACUGCGAGGAUACCUGACCACUUAUGUCAACUGCUGUUGGGGACUGGGCCAAUUGAUCGCAAUUGGCGUCAUCCGGUCCCAGUUCAAUCGCACAGAUCAAUGGGCUUACCGCAUCCCAUACGCCCUGCAGUGGAUGUGGCCUGUACCUCUCAUCAUUGGAGUUGCCUUCGCUCCGGAAAGCCCAUGGUGGCUCGUCAGAAAGGGACGCCUUGAGGACGCAAAGAAGUCUCUCCUACGUCUCACAUCCACGAACCGCGAGACCGACUUCAACGCAGACGAAACCAUCGCCAUGAUGGCACACACGACCCAACUCGAAAUGUCCACCACCUCCGGCGCAUCCUACCUCGAUUGCUUCAAAGGCGCCGAUCUCCGCCGCACAGAAAUCGUCUGUAUGUGCUGGGCGAUCCAGAAUCUCGCAGGCAACUCCUUCUCCAACUACUCAACAUACUUCCUCCAACAAGCCGGCGUCAGUCCCGAAAACUCCUACGACUUCGCCAUGGGCCAGUACGCUAUCAACAUGGUCGGUGUCUUCGGGGCCUGGGGCCUCAUGUCUCUCGGUUUCGGUCGCCGGACGCUGUACCUAUACGGUCUGUGCGGUCUUACCCUUCUCCUGCUCAUCAUCGGAUUCAUGGGCCUUGUCGACGAUAGAGACACUGCUGGACUCGCGACUGGAAGCAUCAUGAUCAUCUGGGCUCUCACCUACCAGCUCACUGUCGGGACAGUAUGCUACUCCCUCGUGGCCGAGAUCUCCUCCCGUCGCCUGCAGAUCAAGACGGUAGUGCUAGGUCGCAACCUCUACAUCGUCGCUGCUAUCAUUUGCUCGACUAUUACGCCUUACAUGAUCAACCCGACAGCUUGGGACUGGGGCUCGUUCGCUGGGUUCUUCUGGGCCGGGCUGGCCUUCUUAUGCUGUAUUUAUACAUACUUCCGUGUACCAGAGCCGAAGGGCAGGACUUUCGCGGAAAUGGAUCUGUUAUUCGAGCGCAGGGUGUCUGCGCGCAAGUUCGCUUCUACGGAGGUCGAUGUCUUUGGCGAGACGCUGGAUGGGAGUGUGGUGUCGCAGCAUAAGGAUGGGCUGGCAGCGGAGCACUCUGAGAUUACGAAGAUGGCUUGA